UGUCCUUUCCCGUCUCGUUGGCGGGAAAAUCCUCUCGGCUAGGGCUUCUGUGAGAGAAAUGGAAGGCGGAGGUGAAUCCGAAGCCACAUUCGAGUCGCUGAAGCUGAACCCGCAGAUCUUCAUCAAUGAGGUCCUCAACAGCGUCGAUGAUUUGCUCGACGAAGCUCUCCGUUAUUACCAUCAACAAGCAUCGGCCUCCCUGAAGACUGGAGGGACCGACCGGGAUCAAGAUCUGAGCAAGGGAGUUGAUACUAUGCGUAAUAUGGUCCAAUCCGUUUUGGAUAGCCACCUUGGGAUGUGGGAGAAAUACUGCCUUCGACACUGUUUUAAAGUCCCCGAAGGGUUUUCUUUAACCAAGCCUGAUGAACUACCUGAUGGAGAUUCCUUCAUGGAUACCGAGCCUGACACACAGUUGGAAACCUUGAGAAACAAGCUUUAUCAGGCAACGAAGGAGUCUGCUGAGCUGAGUCAAGAGUUACAGGCCCUGGAAAGGCAGUCUGUUUCCAGCGAUCACUCACGUAAGAUUGUCAAUGAAGUCCUGCAAAGCUGCGAGCAAAGUUCUGCAAAUGAAAUGAUUCAAGAGAUUAUGAGAAGUGCAGAUGAACUUCGAUUGAAGAUUGGCACUCUGAAAAACCAAAGGACGGAAGAGAAAGGGUUCCAACGUAUUAAAGAUUUGAAAAUCGACUAUCUAAACAAAGAUGUUUCUCUCACAGAGCGUGUUAAAGGACUAUGUGCUGCCAAACUGGAAGAUCUUCGAAAGUUGUCCGAUUUGAUGCAAAUAUGAAAUUUCCUCAUUUGUAGUUACUGAUAUUUUCAUGUAAAAACCAUAUCUGCCCUGAUAUCGAAGGUAGUCUGUAUAACUCUGAAAGUAGAGGUUUCAAAAUCUGAGUAAGCGAAGUCAGAAAGAGGAACAAGAAAAAUAUCUGCUGCAUAGAUAAGGAUCUGCUCCGACAUAUAUUCUGUUUCUGUAAAUAACCUGCCUCCGAUAUCAGUUCGAAAGCUGUCCAACCAAUAGAUUUCAUCAAAUCUUAGCCCCAGCAGAAACAUUGCUGCCUA